AUUGUAUCGAUGCGUGAGGGGGAAGCUCGCAUAUAUAAUUUAAGAAAGCGUCGUCAGAGCUAGCUGUCCGGACGAACGAGGGGUUUCAAGGCACGCGUGGUGGGAAAUAAUACCCCGUUCAGGCCCUUUCCCGCCAAGCUCGCCCUCACCCGGCAUCUCCACGAGCGCCUCGCCUUGGCCCGGCCGAAAAGAAAACAGGUAGGUAGGUGUGAGGGAGAGACAGACAGACAGAGGAAGGGCACUGGGGCUCCCUUGCGAAUCAAGGUCACAGUGUUCCUGGGCAGCGGAGGGUCCAGUUCGGUUGCAGAACGGGCCCACGAAAGCCGAAGACGCGAUGGAGAACUCGGGCACGGCGGCCGUCGCCUUGGAUUCGACGGCGGCGACUGUGUUCCUGCGGCGGGACCCCCGCACCGAGGGCUGGACCCUGGUGGGCAACAAGCAGUUCAUCGUGGGGCUGCUCUGCGCUUACGUCUAUGUCGUCAAGGUGGCCGGGCCCCGCUUCAUGCAGGGCCGCAAGCCGUACGAGAACCUCAAGCCCGUGAUUGUGAUCUACAACGCCGCCAUGGUGGUGCUCAACGUGUACUUCAUGGUGGCGUACCUGACGAGGAGCUACUUGGGCGGCGGCUACAGCUUCUUGUGUCAGGGCAUCGACUACGAUGCGCGCGACGAAAUGACCAUGAGCUUCCUCGCGCAUUGCUGGUGGUACGAGUGGGUGAGGGUGGCCGACUUUCUGGACACGGCAUUCUUUGUGCUGCGCAAGAAGGAGUCCAACAUUUCCGUGCUACACGUAGUCCACCACGUCUUGGUGGUCUUCAAUGGCUGGUACGGGCUCGCGUACGGUGCCGACGGGCACAUCGCCUUGACCCUGAUCUUCAACAGCUUCGUGCACGUGGUCAUGUACUCGUACUACUUCCUCUCCUCGCUGGGUCCCGCGGCCCGCAAGUACCUCUGGUGGAAGAGGUACCUCACCCAGCUGCAGAUGUUCCAGUUCGUUGUACUGAUCGGGCACGGAUUGGUGCCGCUGUUCUAUGAUUGUGGAUACCCAAUGGCGCACGUGUACAUCGGUCUGCCCCAAGGACUCUUCUUUCUUGUUAUGUUUCUCAACUUUUACUUGAAGAACUACAACGACAGGAAAAGAAUGACAGCACAUAAUGCCACGAAGACCAAGGCUCAGUGACUCUGCUCUUACAAAAACUUGACCCCUUUUUUGUUUUUUGUUUACUUUUAGAGAAUAUAUGUAUUUUACAAUGCUUGUUCAAAAA